UAAUAAAAAUACGUGAUGCGUCUAAAUCAGGGACGAAAGCUUAAUUAUUAUUUAUUUAAUUAAAAUAUCUGGCUACUUUCUUUUUAUACUAGAAAAUAUAUUGUGUAAUUUUCGUAUUGAAUAAGUUUUAAGCGCUCAAAGUAAAAAUGGCAAAGUUUAAACUAAAAAAGCCAUCUAAAAGGCAGCCAGCGAGGCUAAGGUACAAAAUAGAGAAGAAAGUUAGGGAUCAUAACCGAAAGAAAAAGAAGGAGGCGAAAAAGGCACCCAAAUCAAAGAAGCCCAAGCCUAUCCAAGUCCCUAAUAUCUGUCCCUUUAAAGAAGAAAUUUUAAAAGAAGUCGAGGCAGUAAAGAAGCAUAAAGAAGAGGAGAGACAAAAGAGACGCGAGCAAGCCAAACUUGAAAAACAAAGGAAGUUAGAGGAGAAAAAUAACCCUGUAGGAAUGGACACUUUAGUUGCUAAUGCUGAAGCCAGAGGCAAAGUGCAUGAGGCAUUUAAAGACAAAGACAGUGAGGACAAUGAAUACGGCAAGAACAGACAGAAGGAAAACUCACUGAAGACUUAUUAUAGGGAGUUCAAAAAAGUUAUAUCCGAGGCUGAGGUGGUACUGGAGGUUGUUGACUCUAGGGAUCCCUUAGGCACAAGAUGUGUCCAAGUAGAAGAGGCAGUGAGAGACUCAGGAAAACGUCUAGUUUUAGUCCUAAACAAAGCAGACUUGGUACCACGCAGCAAUCUCACCGCCUGGCUGAAGUACCUACGUCGGUUUGCACCUGCUAUCCCAUUUAAGGCUUCAACACAAGACCAACAACACAAUCUUGGUAGAAGGAAAAUGAAACACAUUGUUAAGGAAAAGGAAAUGAAAGGUUCAGCAUGUGUAGGAGCUGAGUUGUUAACGAGUUUACUGGGCAACUACUGUAGGAAUAAAGGCAUAAAGACGUCCAUAACUGUGGGUGUAGUUGGUUUACCGAAUGUCGGCAAGAGUUCUAUAAUUAACAGCUUGAACAGGUCCAAAGCUUGCAAUGUUGGAAGUACUCCAGGUGUAACUAAGCAAAUGCAGACUGUACAAUUGGACUCCAAGAUCAAGAUACUUGACAGUCCCGGUAUAGUGUUUCAAGCUGGGCCGGCGGGUGAUGCGUCUGUCGCUCUUAAAAACGCGGUGCGAGUCGGAGCGCUGAAGGACCCCAUCGCUCCUGCGUCCGCCAUAUUGCAGCGUGCGCAUACGCAAACACUGGUUAACUUGUACUGCAUACCUGAGUUUAAGACGCCACAGGAAUUCUUUGCAAGUUUAGCGUCGCGUAUGGGCAGAUUCAAGAGAGGCGGUGUGCCGGACCAGGAGGCGGCCGCUAGGAUAUUACUCAACGACUGGAACACGGGCAAAGUGCGCUACUACACCGAGCCGCCGGAGUCUGCGGCGGAGGAGGUGCACGUGGACGCCAAGAUUGUGGCGACGAUGGCACAGGAGUUCGACCUGAACAGCUUCGAGGCGAUGGAGGCAGAGGUUAUCGGCGCGCUGGGAAAUCCGACCGCCGAUGAAGCUAUCAAGAUCACUAGUACUGGCCCGGUCAAAGCAGCUGAUGAUAACGACAUGCAAGUUGAUGAUGAUGAUUCCAGUUUACUUUCAAGAGCGGUGAACAUUAGGUCGAAGUUAGAAAAAAGUAAAACCAACAAUGAGAAAAUUAGAAAUGACCCAGAAAUGAUGCUGGAGGGGAACAUGAAACAGAAUAAAUUGAGAAAAAUGCAGUUUAAAAAAGAUAAAAAGAAGAAGGCAAAGAACGAAAAGGCGGCUGUUAAUUUGGCGGGAGUUUUAGAAAAUGUCACACUCACUACCUACAAGAAAAACGACGACUACGACUUCAAAGCUGAUUUCAAAUAAGUAUUUAAAACUCUACAGUCAUACAGUAUAAGUACUGUAAAAUAUAUUGUUAAUACUGUUA